AUGGAGGAAUUGGACCUUGAAGGAAUCAUGAAGCAUUUUGCUAAUGGAUCCAGGUGUGUUCAUUUAACAGAACUCAACAAAAACCCAGUGGAAGGCUUUUCAGCAGGUUUAAUAGAUGACAAUGAUCUCUACCGAUGGGAAGUCCUUAUUAUUGGUCCUCCAGAUACACUUUAUGAAGGUGGUGUUUUUAAGGCUCAUCUCACUUUCCCAAAAGAUUAUCCCCUUCGGCCUCCUAAAAUGAAAUUCAUUACAGAAAUCUGGCACCCAAAUGUUGAUAAAAAUGGUGAUGUAUGCAUUUCUAUUCUUCACGAGCCCGGGGAAGAUAAAUAUGGUUAUGAAAAGCCAGAGGAACGCUGGCUGCCUAUUCACACCGUGGAAACCAUCAUGAUUAGUGUCAUUUCUAUGCUGGCAGACCCUAAUGGAGACUCACCUGCUAAUGUUGAUGCUGCGAAAGAAUGGAGGGAAGACAGAAAUGGAGAAUUCAAAAGGAAAGUUGCCCGCUGUGUAAGAAAAAGCCAAGAGACUGCUUUUGAGUGACAUUUAUUCAACAGCUGUAACUUCACUUAUUUCAGGGUCUCCAAUUGAGAAACAUGGCACUGUUUUUCCUGCACUCUACCCACCUAUUGCUGGACUUCUGUUGUAACAAGUUGGCAAACACUGGCUGGAACUGGGCUGCAAUAAAACAUGCCAGUAUCAAUGCUGACAAGAGCCUAACAAGUGCCAACUUACAGAUGAUUACGCAUUUUGAAUUCUAAUGAACUGUUUUAACCUUCAGGAAGAAUUGUAAAGACCUGUACAUAGCACAACAUGAUCCGGAUAAUAUAUAUACUGUUCAUGUACAUCCACAAACACACCUUGUACCAAAUAAUGCUUUCUUGUAGUAGAAUAAGAAUCGUGUAAAUUCUAAAAGAUUUUAGCAGGUUUUCUUUCCCUAUUCAUUGUUUCUUAUCAGUUUUAAAAGACUCCUUAAAGCAUGUCAGAUAAAAAGCAAUUAGGAUUAAAAGUUUCCAUUUAAUUUCCUUUAAACCAUUGAGGCUUCAUUAAACUCUUUUCACUUACUAAACUUUGUAUCUUCUUUGUUUUGACACACUCCCCUUUGCUUUUAUCUCUUCUGUCUGCCAGGAAGUUUUCAAAUCAUUUAGUUCAAAUACUGAAACACUCAAUAAGCAACUACUUGAUUUUUAAUGAUGACUUCAGAGGAAUGGUCAUCACUAGGUGCUUCAUCCCUUUUGUAUUAUACUUGCACCCAUCUCUUGGAUUGGAUACAGCAAUAACAUUUUUUCAUUGUUGAGAGCUCUUGAAUUCAGUCAUUAUCCCCAAGAACUAAAAAGAGUUGGUUCUGAAUUCAAUUCAGAUUUAAAAUUAUUGACAUUUACCCCAAACAAUACAAAAUUCUGAUUUGGUUUUAUUUUUGCCCUCAGUUACCUAAUGUGAAGGUUGGAUGAAUAAAGCAUGCACAGCUGCAGGCUUUCUACUUAACUUCUGGGUUUGCUAUUAAAAAUGCUGUUUACCCACACACCCUUCUUAGCCCUUCAUAUUUCUUUGCCUCUAUUCUCUAUACUGCAGAUUUUUCUCACCUAUUGUACAAAGAAAUUGCGAUGUAUAUUUUCAUGUAAUUUGAUUUUGGAAUUCUGUCACCUUAUGUAGUGAGUUCUUCCAAAAUAUAAUUUUUUUCCAAUAA